UCUUAUAGCAGGAACCGAAAGACAGGCUCGCAUAUUUCUCGGCAUUGCUGCGGUUCGCCGCGUGCUCAAAAAAACCCAAAGAUUUUCAAAACCCUAACAAUUCCUUCGGACGGAAAACGAUGGCGGCCACCCUCGACGAUGAGAAGAUCAAGAACAUCACCCGCCAGGUUGAGUUUUAUUUCAGCGACAGCAAUCUGCCGCGGGACAAGUUCUUACGAACUACUGUGGAGCAAAGCGAGGAUGGGUUGGUGGACUUGGGUUUGAUCUGCUCUUUUUCGCGAAUGAGAAAUUAUCUUGGUAUUGGGGAGGUGAAGCCGGAGGAGGUGUCGGAGGAGACAGUGCUUGCCGUUGCGGAGGUCCUGAGGAAGUCUUCUUUACUCAGAGUUUCAGAAGAUGGAAAGAGGAUUGGCAGAAGUACUGAACUAUUAAAACCAGAAGAAGUGAUAGAACUUGUUGAUUCAAGGACAGUGGCUGCAUCACCUUUGCCAUAUGAUGUUAAGAUUGAAGAUGUGCAGGCAUUCUUUGGUGAAAAAGGAAAGGUGAAUAGUGUAAGGCUCCCACGACAUAUUGGUGACAAAAGAGCAUUUUGUGGUGCCGCUUUAAUUGAAUUUUCAGAUGAGGAUGAUGCUAAAAGGAUUUUGCAGGAAAAGUUGGUUUAUGCGGGUGUAGAUUUAGAAUUAAAACCAAAAAAUGAGUUUGAUGCUGAGAGGGACAAGAAAAGGGAGGGGCUUGAAAGAAACCGUUCUAAUAAGGAUAGCUCUAAUAAGGAUAGUUCAAACGAGAGCUACCCAAAAGGCUUAAUUGUUGCCUUCAAGUUGAAGCCUUUGACACCACAGAAUGAUUCAGAGAGCGUGAAAGGAAUAGAAGAUGAUACAGAAGCAUCAAAAUCUAGCAAUAUUGAGGAACCAACAGAAAACAUUGAUCAUGAAGAGAAAUCUUCUGAAAAUGUUGGGGAGGAGGAAGGGAAAGGGAAUGCUGAAGGUGAUGAUAUUGAGAAUGAGGGAAAGGCCGCUGUUGAUUCUUCCCAAAAUAAUGAAAUUGAGGCUGAAAAAGAUGUACAAGCCGACGAUGGAAAUAAACCCACUGGUUUAGCUGAUGAUACAGUUGUGGUUACUCGAGAGGACCUAAAAGAAGUUUUACAGAAGUUUGGAAUUGUAAAG